AUGGAGACUGGUCGUGUCCUGGGAGCUGGGGCCAUGCUGGUGGCACUGGGAGCCCAGUCGACUCCCGGCAGGGAGACCUCAGGGUAUUUCCAGCACCAGCUUAAGGGCCAACCUUACUUCACCAGCGACACCGAGCGGGUGAGGCUCGUGGUGAGGCACAUCUACAACCGGCAGCAGUUCGCGUGCUUCGACAGCGAUGCGGGGCACUACCGCUACGCGGCCGACAGCCCCCUGGGCGUGUUUGCCACCAAGUACUGGAACAGCCAGCCGGAGCUACUGGAGCAGUGUCAGGAUGAGGUGGACACGUUCUGCCGGCACAACUACGGCGUGGUGACCCCUUUUGCCGUGGACAGGAGAGUUCAGCCUAAGGUGAGGGUCUCCCCCGUGCAGUCGAGCUCGCUGCCCCAGACCGACCGGCUGGUUUGCUCCGUGACGGGGUUCUACCCUGCGGAAAUGGAGGUGAAGUGGUUCAAGAACGGGCAGGAGGAGACGGAGCGCGUGGUGUCCACGGACGUGAUCCAGAACGGAGACUGGACCUACCAGGUGCUGGUGACGCUGGAAACAACCCCGCAGCGUGGGGAGACCUACAUGUGCCAGGUGGAGCACGUCAGCCUGCAGCACCCCGUCACCCAGCACUGGGAGGUGCAGUCGGACGCUGCCAGGAGCAAGAUGCUCACGGGGGUGGGAAGCUUCGUGCUGGGGCUCUUCCUCUACAGGGGGCUCCUAAAAUAA